GGGGGAUUGUGAAUUUUAUACAUUGUACUUUAACGUACAGUCGCCGUUCUUUGCUUUAAUACUAGAGAAGCACUAAUAAUAACGACAGGUGGUGUAACACAUUAUCCAGCGGUUGUUUUUUUUUCGUUUUGUAGUUUUACUUGCAAAUACCCGGUAUGUGUUCAUUGGUUAUUACCAGUCGAGCACAGAAAAAUCGAUACGACCACAGGUAGCACGGCUGUCAUCAUGGCUUUGAGACGAGCGUUGCAUUUUGUUUUCAAAGUUGGUGACAGGGCUAAAACUGCUACCUUUUACAGAGAUGUUCUAGGUAUGAAGAUUUUAAGACACGAAGAGUUUGAGGAAGGCUGCAAGGCAACUUGUAAUGGCCCUUAUGAUGGGAAAUGGAGCAAGACAAUGGUUGGCUUUGGUCCAGAGGAUGACCAUUUUGUUGCUGAACUGACCUACAACUAUGGUGUGGGAGAAUAUAAACUUGGCAAUGACUUCUUGGGGAUCACUCUGCAGUCGAGCCAAGCUGUAAGCAAUGCUAAAUGUCUCGGGUGGCCUCUCACUGAGGUGGGAGAGGCUCUGUAUCUGACUCAAGCUCCUGGAGGCUAUCCUUUCUAUCUGGUGGACAAAGAGCAACCUCAUAAUGACCCUGUGCAGAAGGUUUGUCUCGGGGUAUCAGACCUCCAAAGAUCGACCCACUACUGGUCCACACUCUUGGGGAUGAAAGUGAUGGACAAAAAUGAGGAAAAGAAGACGGUGCUCAUGGGAUUUGCAGACAGUCAAUGCAAACUGGAGCUUCAGGACAUUGGAGGGAUGGUUGACCAUGGAACAGCUUUUGGGAGAAUAGCGUUUUCAUGCCCGCGGGAGCAACUGCCGGUUAUUGAAGCCUUGAUGAAAAAGGAAAAUCAGAAAAUUCUCACCCCAUUGGUCAGCUUGGACACUCCUGGAAAAGCUACAGUAGAAGUGGUUAUUUUGGCUGACCCUGAUGGCCAUGAGAUUUGUUUUGUGGGAGAUGAGGCCUUUAGGCAGCUUUCCAUGUUGGAUCCCAAAGGGAAUGAAUUCCUUGAUAAGGCUAUGGCUGAAGAUAAAAGUGAUGAAUGGUUUGCCAAACACAACAAACAGAAGACUGCUGCAUGAGAUGGAGCAGCCGACCUGUCAGUUUUCAUCAGUUAAUGAGGAUGAGAUGCCGCACAACGCACCUGUAGCAUAGAUCUGCCUUAGGCUGGCAGCGUAAGAUUAAUUUUGUGUUAUGUAAAAACAUUUGUGCCCUGAGAUGAUGUAAUGGACCACUUGUUAUGGAUUUUUUUCCCCAAUAAAUAUUCUUCCUAAAAGCAA